AUGAACAGAUGGUCAUCAAGUUCGUCUGGCAAAGUAUCUUGUGCCGGUUCGGCAUCCCCCUGGCGGCUCGUCUCAGACAACGAGAAGCAAUUCGCCAGUUGGAGGCUCAAAGAAUGGUGCGAAGGCAAUGGUAUCCAGCAAGUCUUCACCUCAGUGACUUACCCCCAAAACAACGACCAGGUGGAAGUCACCAAUCGAGAGAUUCUCAUAGGAUUACGAGCUCGGCUCGACCACGCAGGAGGCAGCUGGGUCGACGAACUCCCUAGCGUCUUGUGGGCCCUGCACACUACCCCAAAGGAGGCAACUGGCAUGACGUCAUUCCAUCUAGUGUACGGAGGUGAAGCACUAGUCCCAGUGGAAGUCGGAGUGGAGUUCGAUCGGGUGCAGCACUAUGACGAGGAGAACGACGAGCGGAGAUUGAUGGAGCUAGACUUGGUCGACGAAGUACGAGACAAGGCUGUCGUUCGGCUGAUGGCAUACUGGCAACAAAUGAAGCAAAGCUACAACCAGAGGGUUAUCCGACGAUCCUUCCAGGUCGGCAAUCUAGUGUGGAAAAAGAUAAAGUCGGUCGGUAACGUCACCAAACUCGAAGCUCCAUGGGUGGAACCCUAUAGGUCGUGCAAAAGCUCCGCUUGGGAGCAUAUUAUUUACAAGACGAAGACGGAAGACGGCUCGAGCGACCUAUAA